GCGGUGUAGGCGGGGUUGUGAGACCUUUCGCUAAAUGUUUUCGUUAACGCCGGCUCUCGUUACUCUGUUGUUAUGAUCAUCUCGAGACUGACUGUUCCCAAAACGCGCGUUUUCAAUUUUCACUGGACAUGACGACGGCACAGAUAGUCUGAAAGCACCGGUACCCUUCUAAUGAUGUCCCGUUUCGCUUACCCCCGGCACUGCUCCAUUCACUUCCGCCUGUGUCCCAUGAAAGACGCCAGGACAUCCCCGCUGCAUUUCGAUGACCUCAUAUCCAAUCUGAACAGCACCACUAAAACCCCAGGUAGCAGUGACAGUUCGGAACCGAAAAGCAAUUUUGUUGCUGUGACACAGCUGGAGGAUGAGCAAGCUAUCCGGGCUGUCGAGUUUCAUCCUUCGGGCAAGUUCUAUGCUGUUGGUUCCAAUACUAAAACACUCAGAAUAUGCGCUUACCCAAACUGCACAGAUAUCAGGCCUGAUCAUGAACCUCGGGAGCCCACAGUUCUGUACAAGAGGCAGAAGCACCAUAAAGGAUCCAUUUACUGCAUGGCCUGGAACGCUACCGGAGAUUUACUAGCCACUGGUUCCAAUGACAAGACAGUGAAGUUAAUGAAAUUCAGUCCAGCCACAUGUCAGCUAGAAGAUAUUGCCCAUCCUCUAACUAUGCAUGGAGGCACAGUGCGAGACAUGUGCUUCAUGGAAGACAUUAGUAAUCGUUCUAAUAUUCUAAUCAGUGGUGGAUCAGGCGACAACAAAAUUUACAUCACUGACUGCGAAACUGCAAUGCCUUUUCAGUCCCUAACCGGACAUACUGGUCAAAUUUUAUCACUGUACACUUGGGGAGGUGUUAUGUUUGUAAGCAGUUCUCAAGACAAAACCAUUAGGUUCUGGGACAUGAGAUCAAGAGGAUGUGUAAAUCUUAUUCCUGCACGACCAUCGGGUGGCACAGGACCAGGUAGUGCAGCAGCGGCAGUGUCUGUGGACCCAUCAGGCAGAUUACUAGUAUCUGGCCACGAAGACGCCAGCUGCAUGCUGUACGAUAUGAAGGGCAGCCGGAUUUUGCAAACAUUCAAGCCACAUACUGCAGAUGUGCGAACAGCCCGCUUAUCUCCUAAAGCGUUCUAUCUGUUGACAGGAUCCUACGACUGUAAAUUGAUGCUCACAGAUCUUCAAGGUGAUUUAACUCAAACUCUUGCAACAGUUUGUGUGGCCGAGCAUUCUGAUAAGGUCAUUCAAGGAAGAUGGCAUCCUCAUGAAUUCACAUUCCUUUCAACCAGCGCAGAUAAAAUGGCAACACUCUGGGCAUUACCAGCUACCUAACUUCUGUGAAGGCUGUGCUCACUCCUCGAGAGAUACAAGAGAAGUUCCAAGCGCCAUUUUGUUUCUAAUUCCACAUUCUCAAAAAUUGUGAUCAUGAUUUGUUUCAAAUGUCAAAUCUUGUCUAUUCUAUUGUAUGACAAUUAAGUGUCUCAUUUUGCGAGAACAUUUCAGCAGUAGAUUUUAGAGUGUGCUUGAAGAUAUUGUCAGUCGUUCACUUAAGUGAACGACUGUUUGCAAUUAUUUUCAUUUCCUUCCACUAAUUUACUAAAUUUGAAUUAUUAGUUGUAAGAAACUUGAUCUUGUUGGAUUUUAAAACAAAAAUGUUCAAUUAAUCGAAUAGAUUUUACGUCCUCACAAAUUUUUAUUUUAUUUUAUUAUUCUUUGGAAAAGAUUGCCUAUGCGCAAAAUAAGUACUUGAUGUGUUUUUAUGGCGAGGCCUUUUUUAAUAAGAAAUAAAUUCUUUUGAUGUAAUAUUUUUAAAUUAACUGAAAAUUUUAUAAAACUAUAAAAAACGAAAAAUUUUUAAACAAUUCAUUGUAACAAAUAUUAAAGAGCUUUUAUAUUUAGUUUUUAAUAUAUUUUAUAAAUUAGAAUUGCAGUUGUUUUUACAGUGUAAGAUUUGAAUCUUGAUAAUAAAUAAGUGAAACUUAAAUAAAUAUUAGAAAAUUUUUUAUAUUCCUUUAAUAUUCCGACAUUUGUUGCAUUAGUUUUCAGAACAAUUUCAAAAUGAAAUUGUAUUUUUUGAAAACCUUUAUAUUUAACAUAACUCUAAAAUCUGUAAUGUUAGAAGUCAUUCAUAAAAAAUAAAUUACGUAACACAUUGUUCAGAUAUCAUAGAUCAUACAUGAAUGUUAUUCCCGUGAUCAGAACACAGAUACACAUUUUAAUUAUACCAUCAUUUCUGCAUGUACUUUUUUUUUCUUUCAGGAACAUUUAGUUGAACACUUCAGUCCCAAUAAUCACUUAAUAUUUUGAAGUUACUAAUGUUGAUUAAUUCCUAAUAAAUAUAAAUUUUAAUUUCCUUUGGAAUAUAAAUAUUUAACUCUUAAAAAAUUGUCAUUUCAACAGGUAUUCAAAUCUACUGCAUAACUUUGAUACUGUAUUCCUUAAAAUGUUAAAUAACUGUGGCUUAACAUGAUCAUAUGGUAAUCCAAAAUUAUUCUUCAGACAAAAUUAUAUAGAUAUGGUGUACGGAGUAUAAUAUGUAUUAAAGGAAUCUUCGAUAUAUUAUCUGUAACAGAAUUCAACAUCGCCUAUUUGAAUAAAAAUUAAAAAUUUGAUAUGCAAGAAAACACAUUGUGCAUGCAUGCAUACGAUAUCCUUGGAUAUAAAGCACCGAUUAAAGAUGCCAAUUUUUUUAAAUUAUUAUUUUCAGUAUUCAAAAAUGUAUAUGUAGUAAUUAAGAAAUAUUUGAAUUCACAGUAUGACUGUAUGUAUUUAAAUUAUUUGUAUUAUGCAUAGUUACAUUUUUUGUUGAACUAUAUUUCUUUGCGUUGUAUUUUUUCACAUGCAAUUUUCGAAACUACCAAGAUUCCUAAUGCUGCAUAAUCUUUAAAAAAGAUUGCAAUAAUCUAAGUGCAUGAAGUGAUAUAAUUGGUCUCUUUAUAGUGACAAAAAGUGAAGUAAAUGCAUGGAAGAAAAUGAUUAUAAAAUUGUAUUAACCGAUGCAAAUAAGAGAAGGCUUGCCUGUGAUUUUAAAAUGUUACACACAUUACAGUAAGAAAACAUUUUGUAGUUACCAUUUUGUAUCAUUUUAUGUUGCAUUUCUAAUAAAUGUUAUUAACUGAU